AUGCACACAGGUCCUUCCAUCGAGGAAGACAUCCCCAGAGACGACGGAGACACCGAUAAGCAUGGUUUACGACCCACGGUGCAGCACGACGUCGACGAUUUGGAGGGAGCGCGCUCCAAGGCUGUCUUCAAUUCCAAGAGAGCAUUAUGGGCAUUUCUGUUUCUGUGCUACUCGACUGGCCCAACCUCUUCCAUGGCUUCAACAUACGUCUCUGCAGCCAUUCUGUCUGCGGCCAACCUUUUAGGCCACCAGGCCGGAUCGAAUAAGCGUUGUUCACACCGUGGUACCAAUAUCAGUUGCCUUGUGAAAUUUGGUGCCGGAGAGAUUGACUACAACAGCUACACAUUAUACCUACGUGCAAUCAGUCGAGCCGCGGAAGGCAUUGUGUCAAUUAUCACUGCUGGCCUUGCAGACUAUCUCUACUACCGCAAGACUAUGAUGAUGACCUCGAUUUUCCUUUUUGGCGCCCUAGCUUUGCCAUUCGCCGGCCUGACAGGUCAAACUUACAGCCAUCUGACCGCUUUAUCGGUCCUAUACUGCCUUCUGACAACCGUGGGAGGCGUCUACACAGUCAUCGAGGGCUCGUACAUCCCCAUCUUCAUGCGUUCCACUGGCUGCUUCCGCGAUUCCAAGAUUGCAGGAUCCCAAGGUGAGAGGACGGUCUGGUAUAAAGGCGUCUCGGUCAGUGUUCUGGCGUUGGUCUCGAGCAAUGUUGGGGGUCUGACUGCGCUGAUCAUUGGUGUCAUUCUUGUCUAUGGGCGUGGGUCUUAUGUCAAGGUUGGAUAUUUCAACUACCUUCUUGCUAUUACGAUCGCGGGCUGCAUUACAAUUCUCUUUGCCAUCCUUGGUCAAUGCCUGCUCCCAUCAGUCUGCGGUAAAGAGUUUGAUCGCACCAAGGACAAGAGACCCAUGCUGGUACCGGCCAAAAACUGGUUCAGACUGCUGAGAAAUGCGCCACGGUAUUCCGAAGCUUUCAAGCUUUGUAUCGGAUGGGUACUAUGGAACACCGGCUAUUCAAACCACUUGCAACUAAUCGGCGCGCUUUUCCUUCAGGUCACCGGCUUUAGUACUAGCUCUGGUGUCUACUCAGUGUGGUCAUUCACCAGCGUGGCUUUUGCAUGCAUGGGCAGUCUUGGCUUCAUGUAUCUUUACCCACAGCUUCGUCUCUCCGUGAAGUCAUGGGCAUAUGCGCUGCUUCUGGUGAACAUUGUUUGUGUUCUUUGGGGCUGCAUGGGUAUCAGCAACAACAUUGCAAUAGGCUACAAACAUCAGGCUGAGUUCUGGGUUGAGCAAGUACUCUUCAUGUCGACUAGCAGUGCGCUUCGGGCGUACAACCGUGCUAUCUACUCUUCUCUGAUCCCUGAAAACUCUGAGGCGCAGUUCUUCGGGCUGGAGAUCACCCUGGAUUUGGCGACGGGGUGGAUCAACCCUCUGGUAAUGGGCGUGAUUCAAGAUCGGACACACAACUUGCGCUUUCCGAUGAUUCCGAAUCUAUUGCUUAUGGUUGUCGGAUUUGUGUUCUACUGGCUGGUGGAUGUCCCAAAGGGGAUCGAGCAAGCGAAAGUACCAUUAGAACAGUAG